AUGAACCUGUCCACCAAGGAAACUGUCAGACACCGAGUUGUGAUGAACCUGUCCACCAAGGAGACUGUCAGACACCGAGUUGUGAUGAACCUGUCCACCAAGGAAACUGUCAGACACCGAGUUGUGAUGAACCUGUCCACCAAGGAGACUAAACCACUGUGUCCGGACGUCGAGUGUCAGAAACCACUGUGUCCGGACGUCGAGUGUCAGAAACCACUGUGUCCGGACGUCGAGUGUCAGAAACCAUUGUGUCCGGACGUCGAGUGUCAGAAACCACUGUGUCCGGACGUCGAGUGUCCGGACGUCGAGUGUCAGAAACAACUGUGUCCGGACGUCGAGUACCAGAAACCACUGUGUCCGGACGCCGAGUACCAGAAACCACUGAGUCCGGACGUCGAGUGUCAGAAACCACUGUGUCCGGACGUCGAGUACCAGAAACCACUGUGUCCGGACGUCGAGUGUCAGAAACCACUGUGUCCGGACGUCGAGUGUCAGAAACAACUGUGUCCGGACGUCGAGUGUCAGAAACCACUGUGUCCGGACGUCGAGUACCAGAAACCACUGAGUCCGGACGUCGAGUGUCAGAAACCACUGUGUCCGGACGUCGAGUGUCAGAAACCACUGUGUCCGGACGUCGAGUGUCAGAAACCACUGUGUCCGGACGUCGAGUACCAGAAACCACUGUGUCCGGACGUCGAGUACCAGAAACCACUGUGUCCGGACGUCGAGUGUCAGAAACCACUGUGUCCGGACGUCGAGUGUCAGAAACCACUGUGUCCGGACGUCGAGUGUCAGAAACCACUGUGUCCGGACGUCGAGUGUCAGAAACCACUGUGUCCGGACGUCGAGUGUCAGAAACAACUGUGUCCGGACGUCGAGUGUCAGAAACAACUGAGUCCGGACGUCGAGUGUCAGAAAUGA